AUGAAGAUUUCGUUGUUCGUCAUCACCUUUUUCGUUCUCGUGCAGAUAGUCAUCUCACAAAGAUCAGACUACUCCAGACAUGGCUUGAAACUACGAUGUUUCUCCUGUACUACCUCAUAUCAGUGUGAAUCCGGAACAUGUUAUGGAGAUUUCUGCAUGAAAAUCAUUGCCAGUGAGUCUUAUGUAGUGAAAGGAUGUGAGAAUAUAACACGAACUGUCAAUUCGGAAUUGUACGAUCCGCAGUAUAAACAGAAAAGCUAUUGUAGGGUAGAAGAAAUCCUGGGUGUUGAUGCCGUCAUCUGCUAUUGUCGAGACUCAGAUUACUGUAAUUCAAGUAUUCAUUUUAAUAUUUUCUCAUUUUUGAUAUAUUUUUGUAUAUUUUUAAUAUUCAUCAUCUAA